CACGAUCCACAGGAAGCAGAGUGCCAUAUCUUCCAGAACUCGAGCCCAGGUCGGAACCACAGUUACCAGCAUCAAUUCGCCGAGAUAUUGUGGAACCCUUUCGGAACGAAUUGCGGUCCCGUACGGAAUAUUCCCGGGUAGCAAGCAAAUAUUGAACCACGCUUCGCCGAUACUUUUGCAUUACCAACACGAACUCUCAGUUUUGCUCUUAGUCGCACUCGCACUCGUAUUCAAGGCAGGAACAGAGCCACUGCCAUUUCCAACAGCAGAAUGGAAAGGAGGAGACAAAUCGUCACGAAAACAUCGACACCACCAAAAAGAAGAAACAGAAAACGAAACAAAACCAAUCUCGUAGCUCUUUUACCUUUGGCACUGGAAACAUUUUUGUGUCCAUUCCAAUUUCUUUUCAUCGAAAGCAGAACGGCCACCGCCUUUGUCGUUCCUUUUCAAAUUACCAACGGAAGCAGUCGCCAACGCAAACGUUCCUCCUUCGACUGUCUCUCCGAGAGGAAUCCCCAAUUGCGGCAACCACUCGCUCGGAAAAACAACAUAAUUUUCGGCAGGAGCAGAAUGUCUUUGUCAACCCAUACCGAUGAUGCGCUAGGCACCGAAGGAUCCACGCAACGGUUCCACGGAAUCGUCGAACGGGACAAAAAGAAAGUCCCCGUAGCCUCCGCCACAGACCUUGCCAUCAAGAUUUUGCUAUUGGUCCCCGUUUGGAUGGUGCUAGUCCUGCCACUGACGAUUUUCUAUCAGGUUGGAAAGUCUGUCUUGAAUGGUAUUGGGGACAAGCAGGAGCCGGAGCAAGCUGCUGCUGCUGCUGCUGCACAAUCGAUGAAAGCCACAACUGCGAGUGGCAACGAGCCCGAAGACACUUCACAGUCCCUCCCCACAGAUUUCGUUCCCCGGCCAGACCGCUCGUACGACGUGGUGGUUUUAGGGGCAACGGGCUUCACGGGGGGGCUCGCCGUUCGACAUCUCGCAGACACCUAUGGGGUCGGUAAGACCGUGAAGUGGGCUGUUGCCGGUCGAUCUGCCUCGAAACUCGACGCAGUCCUCGAAAGUCUCGCUGACGAUCCAGCCGUUAAAAACUUCGAUGCGUCCGAUGCCGAGAGAGUCGACCGCAUCGUCUGUGACACCUCAGAUCUAGCAAGUCUCUCGGCGAUGGUGAGGAACACCCGGUCGGUGGCCACAACGGCGGGGSCCUUUUCGCUCUACGKGGGGCCACUCGUCGAACGUUGCGCCAGAUACGGAACACACUACGCGGAUAUUACCGGGGAAACGUCCUUUGUCAAGAAAAUGAAAGCGGAGCACCAGGACAUGGCAAUAGCGACCGGAGCCCGAAUCCUCUCGCUCUGUGGCAACGACUGCGUCCCGUGGGAUCUAUCCUACAACAUUCUGGCAGACGAGUUUGCUGAGCGCUGCACCAAUAACAAUCGAAAUCCCAACGUUAACGACAAUGAAACCAUGGUGCGCAUCGAAUUUGGGAACGAAUUUUCCUCGAGUGCCAGCGGCGGAACCCUCAAAACAAUGUGCCUCGGGAUCUCUGGGAAACUCGCCGAUCCCUCCGAGCUAGAUCCAGCUGCUUCUACCCUCCUGCGGAGGUCCUUUGGAAGCAGCACGGAGCAUACCUCGCCCAUGGAAAACAAUAUUUCUUUCGGGAUCAAGACCGGUGUGUCGAAGCCCUGGGAGAUGGUCGUGGCGGCAGAGGACGACAGAAGGGGUGGCGUCACUGCAGCUGCUACAGAUGGUACAGAUGGUAAAGGGAGCAAACUGGUCGAGGCCCCCUUUGUCAUGUCGGGAGUUAAUUACGAGUCCGUAGGGUGGUCCCAUGCGCUCCGCCGUGACAAAAAAUGCUCCUACAAGGAACAGCUCCUCCUUCCCGAUUUCAUCACUGCCCUCGACGGAGUUCUGGGUCUGCUCCUCUUUUUCACCUCCCUCAUGAACCCCAUCACGGGCCGGCUGCUAGAGGACUACCUCGUCACCCAGCCAGGAGAUGGCCCUGCCAUGGAGCAGAUGAACAACGACUUCUUUCUGGCGCUGACGGGAACCGCUUACGGUAGCAAAGGUAGCGUUUAUCAGUCCCUUCUGUACUAUGACAAGGACCCCGGCUACCUAGAAACUGCUCGGAUGGUGGUGGAGUGCGCUCUAUGCCUGGCACUCGAGGAAGAAGCUGUCUCGGAGAACAUUGCGGGCGCCACCCUACUAGCAAAAAAUGUCGAUGCGAAACCACUGCCAGAGGUGGUAGGGGGCUUUUUCACCCCGGGGUUCGCUCUGAGAAAAAUUCUGCUGAGGCGGCUGGUCGAUACCGGGUGCCACUAUGAAUUUCGGGUCCUGAACGACGCCUCAAAGUAACGCAACACUAACAGCGAAUGCACCCAAUUGAGUUGGCUUGAAGAAUUCUAUGCAAUAUCAAAUCUAACACGUCGGCAUUACCAUACGGUAAUAAAUCUAUAAGAAGGAUGACGGGAUGGCUAGGUGAAAAACAGGAGUAUACAUUCUCUGUACCUUUCUGUUCGAAAUUAGUAAUUGUUUGCAGCUACUACUAGCGGCACAGUAUUUGGAUCUAUUACUUAGAUCGAUGUUGUCAGAACUUCUUAGUAGCGUCAUCUAUACUAUUAGGAG